AGCUUGUAGUCGAGGAGUGCGCAUCGCAUUGCGAGCAGUGAGCGCAGUCUCGUACAUCGCACGCUAUAGUGAAGUUUGUGGCGGUCGCAGUUUGGGUUCGAAUUUUCAAAAAGAAGUUCGAGUCUUCCCAGAAAAAUUAGUUUUUGGUGUCAUAAAUGUGUUACUUUUUGAAAUUAGUGUUGAACUUUUUGUUCGUGGAUGUAAAUUGCCAGUAAACUCAAAGAAUAAUAUUGAUAAAUUGAUAUGCAAUAAAUGGAUUCCGAUUACCACUGGCUCAUAACAAUUGGGCUUGUAACGUCCUCCGUCGUUGCCGUUACAGCGAACUUCUUUCUUCUCUUCAUAUUUUGUCGUAGAAGGGGCCUUCGGACUGUUCCUAAUAGGUUUAUUAUCAACCUAUUAGUAACUAAUCUGCUGUCCAGCAUUCUGCUUAUUCCUUUGCUGCUGGUGGACCAAGAGACAUACUCGUCGAUCCAGCCAAAAAAUGUCAACAAAACCAUCAGGGAAUUCGACAAAGUCAUCAUCACGGAGGAGUUCAAGAGUGAUCCGACUUCAGACACGAUUGAGCUCAUCAGUGCGACUGAUAUUGUUUCCGAAAGAGUGCUACCGAUGGACCACAGUGGAACUAACGCGUUGUGCUACUUCGCGCAGAGUACCACGAGUUUCAUCUGCACUGCUUCUAUCUUCAGUAUUCUCCUCAUUGGCAUCAACCAGUACUUCGGUGUCAUACACUCGUUGAGGUAUCACUUCUACAUCAAUAGAUGCCGGUCCAGUAUCUUCAUCGGUAUCAGUUGGUUUGUGGCUCUAUUUUGUGCCAUUUUGAGCUCUCUAACGUACAGUGAUAGCAGUGUGUGGCACUUUUGCAAAAACAGACCUCAACCUAGUGACAGUGUGCGAAUUUUGAACACUUUUUACGCUUUUACUUAUUUUUUUCUUGUGAUAUUAGCCCCUUUUGUCGCCAUAUGUAUAAUUUACGUGUGCAUUUACACGGCUGCACAUCAGAACAGUGAACGGAUGCGCAGAUCUGCUUCUGCUCCUCUAAAUCCGCAGAUCGACUGCACUAUUCCAGUUCAAGUGAAAGAAUCUAGUCAAGAUAGACUUAAAGAAGUGUUGCCAAAAGUGCACUCUGCACCGAAUUUUUCCACGUUAGAUAACGAAAAAGGUUUCAUAGUGGAGGAAGUGAAGGACAAGAAAGUCAGCAGGACGCCCAGUGAUCGUAGUUCUAGUAGCUUCAUCAGUAAUUUAAGACAUAAGAUUUCAAACGCUUCUGUGUUUAGAUAUAGAGAAGAAACUAGAGCUGCCAAAAUAAGUAUCAUUGUAAUAUUUCUCGUACUAGUAUGUUAUGUUCCUUAUGGUAUAACACUUGUUCUGUGUUCCAAAUGUAUAGAGGUUAAUACCAAUCAGAUAUUUAACUAUUUAUCUUUAAUACUUCUAGUAUUUUCUAACAUCAUUUCUCCCUUUUUGUUCGGUUACAGAAAUAAACGAGUAAAAAGGGAGAUCUGUAAGAUGUUUAAUCUCUCAAAGCAAAAUCAAAACCUAGAUAUAGUAGACAGACCUAGAAGACAGUCAACUGUUAAGAACUACAGUUUCGAGUAUAUUCCAGAGACUCUAGAAAAUGACAAAAAUGAUAAUAUUAAUUUAGAAAACAACCGUGUGAUACCAGAAGUAGUCGUAACUUGUAAACCCGAGAAUGAACGUAAAAGCAUUCUUAAAAGAGUCUGUAACACUUCCAACUGGCCCAGUUACAAGAAAUGUAAUUUUAUCACUGUACCGGACAGUUGUAUAAGCGGAGAGGCUAGAGGUUCAUUUUCUAGUGCUAGCACACAAAUGUCUACGGAAGAAUAAUGUUUUCUCGAUUAGAAUAGUUGACUUCUUACAGCACAAAAAACUUUAUAACAGAAUAACAGUACAAAAACAGACGCAUUUGCAUAUACAUCAAUGACAAAUACCUAACUUAAUUUUUAUUAUUAGAAAAGUCAUUACCAACUAACAGUCAAAGCGAUAUUGUUAGAUAUUUACAGAAGUAUUUUUCUUCUAUUUUCUAACCGAACAACAUUAUUGUUAUAAAUUGCAUUUCGAUUCUUGGGUGUCAUUAGAGUAAAUUGAAAUUAACAUAAAAAUUUGUUUUAAAUGUGGUCGUGAAAAAGUCACCUUGAUUGAUUAAGGAUUCUUUUAAGAUAACUUAUCAAUUUUCUGAUGCAUUAACCAAAUAACAAUUGAUGUUCCAAAGCCCCUUACCAUUUAAUCACAAUAUUAUUGUAUUUUUCUGUUAAAGGAUAAUUAGUUUUUUGAUAGGAUUGAGAAUUGCUCAUGUAUUAAUAUUAUACAAUGAUUGUGCGUUUAUUUUAUGCCCGGAUUGAUGGCAAACAAUAUCAAGUCCCAUGUGUAGCUACAAUGUAAUUGAAGAGUGUCACAUAAAACUGUAAUAUCAUCCUCAUUACUAUGAAAACAUUAAUUGCAAAGUUCAAAACAGACAUAAUCGUAAUAAUUCUAAUUAUUUACAAGUAAUAUCAUUGCUAUACUUAAUGUUUGCGGAAUAAUUUAUAUAAUCAGAAUUUUCCGUUUGUAUUUUUUGUUCUUUGACUUAUUGUGUUCAGAUCUUGUGUUGUCUUAGAAUAAUAUUCAAGGUUUUUUUAUGUAUUAACUAUCCAAAAGAAAUUAUCAACGGUGAAGGGAAUAUUUUCUAAAAUUUACUACAAAUUUGAAGACGUCUUUCGACACAUAUUUGAAACAAAGUUUUUUGUUAGAAUGGGCAGCUACCUGCUUGAUGAGUCUUUUUUAACAUACUGGUAUUUCACGUUUUUGGUGCAAUAAGAAGCAGAAAUUGACUGACUACUAUUAAUAAAAUCAUUUUUGUUGACUUUUCUAAGAUUUGUUAAAAAUUUGAUGAUGAGUCUUGUAUUGUUUACUUGGUAACAGUUUUUUUGUAACUGUUGUAUUUUUGUUAGACUGAAAAUUUCCCAUUAAGUUAUUAUAAAUGAGUAUUUUAUAUUAAAAGACGUUAGUGAAAUCACAUUGAUUAGUUGAUAUGGU